GCCGGAGAACGCAUGCUGCGGAGUACAGCGGCACGCAAACUCACACACCCCCAGCACAAACGGCACACCUCAGCAUUCCACUCUGGGUCCGAUAGAACGACAAGUAUAGAAAGAUCGUACGCAGAUACGCGUAUUAGUUAAUCAUAAGCGCGAUACUUGCGCACGUCUGCUGCACCACGACUGCUGCUCGCGCGCACUCGCAAACAACCAGAAAGUCAUGUAAUCCUCGCACACGUCUUCGCGUUUACUUCACACACACACACACACACAAAUCAGUCUCCCCUCUUCUUAUGUGCGCAUCUAAGUAGCAACGCUCGGUAAUAGCAUUCGUCUCUACCGCGGACUGAAAGAGAGCAGAGGAGGAACAAACCCAAGAACCUUUCUGUACUGUCUGCUUGUUGUUCGGCUGAUUUCACUUAUCGACGGUUUUUGUUUGGUUCUCACUCCUCUUGACACGGCAGAGAGUUCUUUGAAACAAAAGCUCUCUUCACGUGCCUCUUCUUUUUCGAUUCCUUCCUACUGAGCAAACCAGCUUUUUGCAUCUUGUCUUUACACUCUACAGAAGAAGAACCGAUGUUUCUUAUCAGCUGGAAUGUGGCGGGGUGGGCGUCGACCUCGCAGGCCAUCCGCGAAAGCUACGGCAGCCUGCAUGACUUCUUCGCCUGCACAGGAGCAGACAUCAUCUGCCUGCAGGAGUGCAAAGGAUCGUCGGCGAAGCUGAGCGCCUCGCCGGUGGACAUGGGUGCCAGCGAUCCCCCAAUGAAUCGACGUCCCGCUGUUCGCCCCCUCGCGCGUCUCGCUGCGCGUUCCGAUGACGACCGCACAGCACCACCUGCGUCGUUGAAGACGACUCUUGGCGGCGGAGGCGUGAACAACGGCAUUGAGGGCUGGGAGUCUUUCUGGUCUUUCAGCGGCAAGCAGCACCGCGGCUUCAACGGCGUCGUCACGUUUGCGCGCAAAGGCCUGACGUGGUGCUGCGACAACCAGCCCUUCGAGGAGGAGGAGUUCAACGAUGAGGGUCGCGUGGUGGUGACACACCACAGCGCGUUUGUGCUGGUGAACGUGUACGUGCCCAACGCACGCGGCGGGGCGCGGCACGACUACAAGUUCGGCUUUUUACGCGCACUGGAAAGUGUGAUGGAGAAGCUGCGUCGCGAAACGAAGAAACCCGUCAUGCUGGUAGGUGAUUUGAACAUGACGUACAGGGCGUUUGACGGGGCGUGGACGCUACGGCGCCUUCACCUCGGCACCCUGCUGCAGCUGGAGGUUUUUGCAGCGGAAAAGACAGAGGCGGAGUGGGCGGCGGCACUGCCCCACCUGCCAAAGGCCGCCCUGCAGCGCGUGGUCAACAUGAUCACUAACUAUCUGUGCGCUCGGGUGAUGGAGGUGGCAGGGGCAAACAGCGAGGUGGGCGGCGGACCGAAGGAGACUUCCAGCGUCCCCACGCCGCCGUACUCGCCGCUGUCUCCACCGUCGUCGGCAUCAGCACCAGGCACCACGAGUGUUGUCGCGGUCGAUGCGGAGCUCAUCGUGGACGACGACACCAUCGACCGGGCUGCCCUCCAGCGCCUCUGUGAAGUGUUGCAGACGGAGGGCUUCAGUGGCAGCAGUGGGCGAAUGACGCAAAUGUACGAGGCCCCUCCACUGUCGCUGCGCGCCUUGUACAGAGCGGGCUUUCGCACCGCGUACGCUUCGGAGUUCGCCAAGAGCUUCUCCUGCGCGCACAACAACGAGCUGUACACGGUGGUGCGCUACUGCGGCCUUUCCCCGCAUUCCGACGCGUCCGCCGGCUUUAUGGGCAGACUGCUGCACCUUUCCUUGCCGACAUCGUCCGUGUCUGUCCUAGCAAAUCGGCUACCAUGGGAAACACCCGCGUCGUCGCAUUUACCUGGAGAUGGAUCAGGCAUCGCGGACUACUCACACACACGCAUGUUUGACUCGUUUCUCCUCACCGAUGAUGUUAUUCGCCUUCAUAACAGCAAUCAAAGCAACGAUAGCAGCAGCGGCACCGCGCUGGACACGACAAUCAUGGAGGAGCUGGAGCGGCCACAGCUGCGGCCCUACUGCCCAUGUCCGUACACCGUCUGGGAUCAGUCGCGCAACCGCCGCCUGGAAAACGUUGGCACUCGGCUGGACUACAUCCUCAUUGAUGCCGCGCUGCUGUCCGCCGUCGAGUGUCGCCGAGAAACUGCCAACAACGUCCUUCCUUCUACAGAGUCCACGCACGCCAGUCGAAGUGAGUUUUUCAGCGAGGUGCAGGGCUCCCAAUUCCGCGACGGGGUGCAGCGUGCCAUGGCAGGCGGUGCCUACCCACCUGCCCCUUUCGACGGGUCGGGUAUGCCAGCGCUGGCGGAGAGUGCGCGGGAGCUGUGCUGCGCGGGUCUGCCGUCGACGGGCCUCUUUGUGACGCCACCGCAGUUCAGUGAUCAUAUCGGCGUCGGACUGGUGCUGAAUCUGAGCCGCCUCGGGGGCCGCAGUGAGCUUGUGCAGCGACCCGGAAAGCUAAUCGAGGUUCACAAGUGCAUGUACCGCCCUCCUGUCGGGCUGCACACGUUUUUUGCCGCGGCAGCGUCCAAGAAGGUGCCGGCGGCUGAUGCACCGGCAGUUCCUUCUGCAUCGACGGCUGGACAGAAGCGCGGGGCAGACGAAAUCAAAAACGCGCUGUCCGGGCAAGAUACGACGGACGCUCCUCAGAAGUCUGCGCGGCCACUGAAGGCGGCGCGUGCAGAAGUGGCGGCGGCACUCCAGCGGACCACCGCCGCGAAUGAAGCUGAAGUUGUGGACGUGGACGAACUGUAA